AUGACAGACCACAAGGUCACGGGCGUGACGGUGGUCGAGGGCCCUUCUCCCGAAGAGUGGGCCUCCAUCAAGGGAAUCUUCAUUGAACUAUAUGUCCACCAGGGGAAGAAACUUUCGGAGACCAAACAGGUGCUGGCGGAGCAAUAUAACUUCCAUGCAACCGAAAAGGCCUUCAAGAGACGGAUAGCAAUAUGGGGAGCGUUCAAAAACUACAAGUCGACCGAGAAAGAGGCGGUCGCGAACUUGAUGGCGUUGGCGCGAUCUGAACGCACGGAUUUAACCCUGUCUACUGCCCAGCUGCAUGGGAAGCCCAUCAAAUGGGAUCGCAUCAGACGGUUCAGCAGCAGACCUCAGGGGCGCAGAGGAGUACGGAGAACGACCGGAAUCACACCGAUAGGCGAGAAGAUUUACCUCGAUCUACAUCCGGACGCAUUUCGGUCGACCGUAGACAUUGACGAGCGCAUUCUGUUCUUAACCAAGUCUUACCUAGAUUGGAAUGUUGCGGCCUGGAGUCCACUAGGCUUUGCGAACCGGGAGCGACGACACGAGCUCUCAGGUAUCGCUUGUCUAAACGGGGACAGCGUAUCGCAAGUGUUCAACAAAUGCUUCUAUAACGCGAUUCCUUUGCUCCUGACGAACAAUACCGCCGAGGCUUUCCAAGAAAUUAAUCUGGCCUGCAGCCUGGCAUCGCACUGCCUCCAAACAACUCCAUACUGGGUAUUCCUGCGACUUCUUCGACUGUACUCAUAUCCACUUUGGGGCCGAUUCCCAGAUGUGCGGCGCCAGAUAGUGCGAUUCCUUCAAGCCUUAGCUUGUCGUACCCUUGCAGAAGGACAUGUCUUGAAGCCUCUGCUCAAGGUCUGGACACAGGGAGAGAUUGAAGCCAACGCCGGCCGGGUCUCUUCGAUUCUCCGCCUGUCUUCGGACAGGUUUGGCCCUAACAGCGGUCUGGAUGUCGAGGAAUGGGCCUGGAUCCAGGAUGAGAUCUGCUCGCUGAACUAUCAGAGGAGAGAAUUCUCUGACGCGCUCCGCAUCGCCCAGAAGCUUGCAGCAGACCCGAGUGUGCCCCGGGGCGUGCACAUCACGGCGCUCCAAAUGAUUGCACGGCAACAUCUCCAGAAGGGCAACAUCGAGGCCGCCGAGCCCAUCCUCCUCCAGACGCUGACCAUGUGUGACAGUUACGAGCAUGACGACGAUCGUGCUCGAUUCCUCCAGCAGACGUAUUCCGACAUGGGCUACAUGUAUGGUGUCCGGCAGAACCGCGCCCGAAGUUCCCAUUACUAUCAGCUCGCUCUCGAGAAAGCGGUCCAAGUGCAAAACCCCGCGAACAUUGCGUCGAUACGAUGUCGCGUUGAGGCCAUGGACAUGACCGACCACCAUGGCACCUACCACCAGACCAGCCAAGCGCAGCCGUCGCAACCACAGAGUCGCACUAGCUGGGCGCUAUGGGCGUUUUGUCGGCCCUACUCUUAA